AACGCGUUUAAGUUUUCAGACAAUGAGGUGAGAGAUUUGGAGCGUCAUUCAUUCGUAGUGGUGUCUGAAAGCGGUCAUGAACAAACGUGUUUAACGGAAGCAGACAAUGACGACACUUUUGACGUAAUGGACACGGAGGGAAGCGGACGUCAAAGCGAAGAACGAGAGGGGCUUGGAACAAAGUGUGGGUCAAAUAAGGUCAUCGAAGAAGAUGAGAUAGUGUUUACUCUUCCGGACAAAGAGAAUGAAGAUUUCGAUCUAAAAACAGGUGGCCAGAAAAGUCAGAGCAGGGAUCGAGAGAAUACGUUAGAACGUAGAGACGCAGUGGAGGCACCACAUGUAGAUUACAUUGAAGUUGUGGCCGUCGAGAGGGUGAACAUUCAUUUCGACACCAGACAUGGCGUCCGCGUAGCCCACGAACUGAACAAGCAAAAAGUAGGCCAAGAAUACAUAUUUACGUUUUCAAACCAGGAUGGUGAUUCACCUCAAAAGGAUGAGGAACACCACUCUCAAGUGGAGACUGACAAGUCCAUACAGCAAGAUUCAGAAGUAUCAAGCAAUGAAAAAGCAAAUCCUGUAACUUAUGAAGAAAUCGUAAACUUUGAGAAAAACUCCAUUUUAUGUCAAGACGCAGAUGUAUUUAUGUAUUCUAUACCCGAAAGAUCGCGGACAAAUGUAAACGCCGAGGACGAGGGUAACCCAUCAGGCCACCAUGAAGAUCAAACCGAAGAUGAAACCCCAGAAGUAUUACAUGAUAGUGUAGAAGACUUGAUUGAACGCGAAGAGAAAGUGUGUCCCAUACUCCUACAAGAAUCUGACGACACCGACCAUGAUAAUUGUUUGGAUGAAACUGGCAUGAUGGGGACACCUAAUGAAGAUGUUUUAAACUCUGAAAUACCAGACGUCCAAAGGGACGACCGAUGCCCUGUUGAGAUAUCGUACGAUUUUAAAAGGCACAUUGAAGGCGACGAACAUGCAUUUACUCCUGCAGAUCAUGGGUUGGGAUGUUCAGAUGUUGACAUCACUGGUCGGUCAAUUCAACGCAACCUCGAACCUAGUUUGAACAAAACAUAUGAACACGAAACAUGUCUUGUAGAAAGUGCAGGAAAUGUAAGUUCGAAGCAGGAGAGCGUCCCCAGAGAAGAAAGUCCACAUAAUGACGCUGGCAAUGGUUUGAUUAUAAUAAGCAUUACAGAAAAAGAACAUGCAGACAUUUUGGACACAUGUCCCGCAGCUGUAACAGAAGUAAAGCUAAUCGAUAAUGAAAACGAUCAGUCCAUUGAAAUAACGCCAAAUAGCGAGAAAGACAACGAUGUAUUCGCCUACAACUUGACAGAACAUGAACCUUGGGGCUUUGAAGUGAGAGAAGAAGACCAAGAAAUUAUACCUGAUAAUUUUGCAUUUUCAAGUUCACCAAUGAGUAACUUACCCAGGACUCUCAGGAGGGACUCUGACAAGGAGGAUAACGACAAGUUUGUGAUCAGUUUGUCUGAUGCGGAUUGCAGACAAGCCUCAAACGACGUGUUCGAGGUCUAUCUGUCCGACGGAAUCAACAGUGAAAUCAUCGAGGGAAAUUUUGUCGGAUUGGACGCUAACGAGUGGAAGACUAAUGCCGGGGAAGAUUCUGUUGCAAGCACGGAUUCUGUUGAAAGCAUGGUUUAUGGUAAUGACGCAGACAUCGAGGAGACGUAUUCACAAAACGAGACCGAGUCGAGCCUGACCAGUCCAUGCAAAAGAGAAGCCUGUGAGGUAAAUGACUGCAGUGGCAUUAUUUCUCAAAUAGAAAGUGCCUCAAAUCUGCCGAUCGUUCCCGUGGAUGAAAGAUUAGAUGACACACAUAAUGUCACGGAAGAAAUGCAGUCAAGAACCAAAUGCUUCACCGAUGAUUGGGCUACUGUUACAGGUGGUAAGUGUAUGGUUUCAAGUGGAAAAUGUAUUGGUUUUUAAUUGGUAGAUAUGUUGUUUGAAAUGGUACAUCAACAGAUCCAGAUAGAGAGUAUUUUUUAAAAUAACUUUUUAUGGUUGUUCAUUUAAAGAAACAAAGUAAACAUGAUAUUUUGUCAAAUAAGUUUGAAAGUUAAAGGAGUUUGUAGUAUCAAAUUGUAAAACUCAGAUUGAAAUUUUGAGUCUUUUGUUUUCAAAAUGUUAGUCAAUUUUUUUUUUUUUUAAACAACGAUUUUCACUCACACUUCAAACAGAUCACGCAGAAAAACGAGGAGACUAUAAAUGCUCAGUUUCUGUGCAGCAACUAGAAACACAGAGUGAAGAUACCUCAUCUAAAAUAAGCCGCUUGGAAACAGGAG